AUGAGCAUCAAGGCGGCACAAUCAGAGAAUUUGUGGACGGAAACACCCCUGGUCUAUUCCAGCCAUAUUUCUGAUAUCAUCGGAUGUUCUGCCUACCUAAAGCUGGAGAAUUUGCAACCUUCUCAAUCAUUCAAAUAUAGAGGGAUCUCCAAAUUCGCACAACAAUGCAAGGAUAAGUAUGGUCCUUUGGUGCACCUGAUGAUCGCUUCCGGCGGAAAUGCAGGUCUAGCUACGGCAGUUGUAGCACGUGUUUUGGGAGUGAAAUGCACAGUGUUCCUUCCUAUCAAUGUAAGUAUUGACACCCAACGGGCUCUCCGAAAGCAGGGCGCAGAGAUCGUAACAACUGGGGAAUUCUACUCCCAAACACUCCCAACCGCAUCUUUAAGUGUCCUAGUGCCCGCAUAUGAUUCGCCUGUCCUCUGGGAUGGCAACCGGACUGCCAUAUUCUGCAGUGUUGGUGGGGGAGGCCUCAUCGGAGGCAUCAUGCAAGGCUGCAAGAACGUUGGGUGGGAUGAAGUACCGGUCGUGGCGCUUGAAACCACCGGCUCGAACUGCUUUUACAAUGCCAUCGCCAUCAAUACCCGGAACUUUACUUCUAAAGCCCCCAUCGUACCUUCCGCUGAAGCGGAGGACAGUUCUCCGUAUACCGUUGAGAUUGUCGAAGAACAUAAUAUCGCAAUUCCGCACAUGAAAGCGCUGAACUCGCGAGCAACUUCACUAGGCGCAACCUCACCAGCUGCUGGGGUAGUUAGAAUGGCAGUCGAUCGUGCCGGAGGAAUAACAUGCGCGUGCAUCCCAGACGAGAUGGCUAUGCACACUGCAAGAUUGUUUGGAGACGAUCACAAAAUACUGACGGAACUCGCUUGUUCGACAACCCUGACUCCCGGAUACAAUCGCGAAUUUCUCUUGCGCAUCCUCGGGCCAACAUUCUCGGCACUUUCUCCAGAAGAGAGGAAAGAGAAAUGCCUAGUUUUUGUGGUGUGCGGUGGAGUAAAAAUUUCUUUUGAGGAUAUGAGGGAAUUUGAAGAGAUUGUCGCUGCGGUGCAGGCGCAAAGCUACUGGCGCGUGCAAAUCGACGGCGAAGAAAUUCAGGUGCCUAAGCAAUGA